AUGUCUCUUGCUGUUGGAAUUUCAAAGAGUAUUCAUUCGAUAUACUUAUCAGAUAAAACAGUUCGCAGAUUCGAAACAAGUUUUAAUAUAAUAUCUCCAGAUACAUAUGAUGUAUUAAGAGAUAUUUUGCAAUUAAACAAAACAGAGAUCGAAUGCGAUGAAAUAGUUUUAAAAGACCUCUUCAAUAUAAUUUGGGAACUUGGAAUUGUUUUACUUGAAUAUUACUACUGGAAUCAUGUUAUUAAAGAUAUGGAAAUAGAUGAAAAGAAUUGCAUUCAGUUGCUUGAAUAUUACUUUGCUGUGAAUUCCGAACAACAUCUGAAAAAAUGCAUUAAUUUUAUUUCAUCGCACUUUUAUGGAAUUGAUUUAAAUCAACUCAAAUCAAUUUCACAAAAACUGGGAUUUGAUAUUCUUGAGAGAAUAAUUAAAAAUGAUAAACUUGCAAUUGGCGAUGAAGAUUCAUUUGCCAAAUUCAUUGUAUCAUCAGCUAAAGAAAGUGAAAUCUUCAUGCCAUUAAUAGAGUACAUCCAUUUCGAAGAUUGCAAAGAUGAGAUUAUUGACGAAAUCAAAGAUUUUUGUGAUGAAAAGAAUUAUAGUAAUAUUAUUAAAUCUUUUCAUGAAUCAUUUAAAAGAUCCAGAAAUCCGAAUAAUGAAAACGAUCAUUGUUUUAUUAUUAAUCAUAAAAAUUCAGAUGAUUUUGAUGACAUAUAUCAAUUCUUCGAAGAUCUCGCUGAAAAAGGAAAUCAAACAAUGAUAUUAAACGCCAUUAAAGAAGGACUACAUGAUAAAAGGGAUGACCAAGGAAAAGACAUUCUUAGCAAAGCCGCUAAUGAAGGAAAUCUUAAACUUCUUAAAACUCUAAUUGAAUGUGGUUGCUGUAUCGAAGUAAAAGAUAGUUUAGGUAAUACGCCGCUCAUUAAUGCAAUUGCAGCUGAAAAAAUUGAAGUGGUUCAAUAUCUUGUAUCUAUUGGAACCGAUAAGGAAACUAAAAACCUUUUCGGAUUUACUCUACUUUAUACUGCUACAUAUUUUAAUCGUCUUGAAGUUGUUAAGUAUCUUAUUUCAAUUGGAGUUGAUAAAGAAUCCACAGGAAUAGCAAAUAGCACACCACUUAUUGUUGCAUCUAAAAAUGAAUAUCUUGAUAUAGUCCAAUAUCUUGUGUCAAUUGGAGCUAAUAAAGAAGCAAAAAAUAAAAUUGGCCAAACUCCGCUUAUGAUUGCUUCAAUAAAUGGUCAACAUGAAAUUGUUCGAUAUCUUGUUUCAACUGGUGCAGACAAAGAAGCAAUGGAUAAUGAUGGAUGUUCUCCAAUUGAUUAUGCAUCAAUGAAAGGUCAUCUUGAGAUUAUUCAGUAUCUAGUUUCUGCAGGAGUAAACAAAGACAAACGGAAUGCUAAUGGGUGUACUCCACUCAUUUUUGCAUCUAUAUUUGGCCAUAUUGAAAUUGUUAAGUACCUCAUAUCUAUUGAUGCUGAUAAAGAAGCAAAGAAUCAAAAGGGAAAUACAGCACUUAUUUUUGCAUCGUUUAACGGAGAACUUGAAAUUGUUAAAUAUCUUAUUUCAAUAGGAGCUGAUACUGAAGCAAUAAAUAACAAUGGAGAGACUUCGCUCCAUAUGGCAUCAAAAGGAAAUAGUCUUGAAAUAGCAAAAUAUCUUAUUUCUAUUGGAAUCGAUAAAGAAGUAAAGGAUAAAAAUGGAGGAACCCCGCUUCAUACUGCAUCAAAAUACGGAAAUAUUGAUAUUGUUAAAUUCCUGAUCUCAAUUGGAGCUGAUAUAGAACCAAAAGAUAAUGAUGAUCAUACACCUCUUGUAAAUGCAUUAUAUUCUGGUAACUUUGAUGUUGUUCAGUAUCUUAUUUCCAUCGGAGCAAAUAAUAGUUUGCAGGGAGUACCAGGGACAGUAUCACUAUUGUUUGCAUCACUUCAGAAUAGGCCAGAUAUUAUAGAAUCUCUUAUUAAUCAUGGAGCCAAUACCGAAGUUAAUGAAAAAACUAACGCAAAUUCUCUCAUUAUGGCAGCAUCUUUAGGAAAAGUCGAAACUAUCAAACACCUAAUUGCAAUUGGAGCAAAUAAAGAAGUUAAAGGAAAAGAUGGAAAAACACCUCUCAUUGUUGCAUCAGAAAAGGGUAAUUUAGAUGUUGUCAAAUAUCUUAUCUCUAUUGGUGCUGAUAAAGAGGCAAAGAAUGAUGAUGGAUGGACUGCAUUAAUGUGUGCUUGUGGAUGCGGUAAACUUGAAGUUGUAAAAUAUCUUAUAUCAGUUGGGACAGAUAAAGAAGCAAAAGACAAGUAUGGACUGACACCACUUCAUUAUUCAGUAACAGAAGACGAAAUAGAAAUUAUAAAGAGUCUUAUUGAAGCUGGAGCAAAUAAGGAAUCAAAGAAUUUUGCAGGACAAACUCCUUUAUGUGUUGCCUGUUUUACUGGCAUUUAUAAUGUUGCCGAAUAUCUCAUCUCUUUAGGAGCUAACAUAGAAGCAAUCGAUAUAGGCGGAAACACAAUUCUUAAUUUUUUAUCUGGUAUGGGCCAACUUGAUGCUAUAAAGUUUCUUAUUUCAAAGGGAGCAAAUAAAGAAGCAAAGAAUAAAGUUGGAAACACAGCACUAAUAACAGCAUCUAGCAUGGGAGAACUUAAUGUGGUGCAAUAUCUUAUUUCAAUUGGAGUUGAUAAAGAAGCAAAGAAUAAUGAAGGAAACACAGCUCUCAUUAUGGCAUCAGACCGAGGUCAUCUUGAAAUUGUUAAAUACUUGAUCUCAGUAGGAGCCAAUAAAGAGGUUAAAAAUAACAAUGGACUCACAGCACUUUCUGUCGCCAUAAAAGAAGUCAAAGAUUUUCUUUUAUCAGUUUGA